UCCGAUUAUCUUGGUUCCAUUUUAAGUAAUUAUAACGAAUAUUAGAAAAUGGAUAACCAAGGACCAGAAGUAACAUUUUUAUUUCAAUUUGGUCUUAUUAGGGAUGCAGUUACAGUUCCCCAGGGCUCUCUAAACCUUAAAACGAUAAAGAAUCUCGCUGUAAGCUUUCUCAACUCUAAGAUUCCAGAUCAUGGAGUAAAUAAACUGGAAGAGCGCAUUUUGCUAUUUCGUCAUGUUUAUAACUCGAAUAAUAUACUCCAGUUGAUAAAUUCUGCUUCAGAUGUCAUUGAUGAAACACUUAUAGAAAUAGUUCUUACUGCCAAAGUUACAACAGAUCCCUUGAUUCCAGCAAUAACAAUAGUUAAACCUCAUGCACUAUCAGUACAUUCCUAUAAGACCCCCACAUUCUGUGAUUUUUGUGGGGAAAUGCUUUUUGGUUUAGUUAGGCAAGGACUUAAGUGUGAAGGUUGUGGUCAAAAUUAUCACAAGCGCUGUGUCGUCAAAGUUCCCAACAACUGUUCAUAUAAUCUUCUGGAAGAAAAACAACGUCGUAGAUCAACAUCGGCCAAUCUCCAAGUGCCCCGAAGUCCUUCUGGUGGCUCGAAUAAUUCUUUGGCGUCGGCAAGCUCCACGCAAACUGAGGACAGUGGAUUGUUUCCAAGCAACAACCGAUCUCCUUCACUAGGUGGCAGACCAGUAUGGGUUGAAAAAGAACUUUCUUCCAGAGUAAAAAUUCCGCACACAUUCGUCCUCCAUACCUACACUAGACCGACGGUCUGUCAGUACUGUAAAAAAUUACUCAAAGGAUUGUUCAAACAAGGGCUGCAGUGCAAAGAUUGUAACUAUAAUGCUCACAAGAAAUGUCUCCAAAAAGUACCGAAAGACUGUACAGGGGAGCUGCCUAGAGAUGCAUCAGGAAAUUUUGAACAUAGUGGUAGUUGUGUAAGCAUAGAUAGUCAUUUUAAUUCAACUUUAGAAGAAGAUAAUGAAACUACUAAAGAUUCUGGUAUAGUCUCGAAUAGUGAAGAUGGUAGUAAUAAGUAUAUCGAAGUAAUUCCUGUUCACGAUGAUGAUGACAACGAUUUAACUCCAUCCAGUUCUUCUUCAUCUCCAAGUGCCAACAUUCCUUUGCAACGAAUAGUUCAGUCAGUAAAACAUACCAAGCGAAGAGGUUCCAAAGUUAUAAAAGAGGGUUGGUUAGUCCAUUUCACAAAUAAGGAUAAAACGGUGCGAAGACAUUUUUGGAGGCUUGAUACAAAAUCAAUAGUAUUGUUUCAAACUGAAACAAGUUCAAAAUAUUAUAAAGAAAUACCUUUAUCUGAAAUAUUGACUAUAGAUUCAGCAAGAAUUAAACAUGGAGAAAUCAUGCACUGUUUUGAAAUACGAACAGCAAACAUAGAUUAUUUUGUGGGCCAGGAUCCUCUUUAUAAUCUUCAAGAUGGUAAUAUGGUCAAUCUACCCCCUCCUGAUAGCGGUGUUGGUGCUUAUUUAGCCAAAAGUUGGGAAAGUUCUAUAAGACAAGCCAUUGUGCCUGUACAAGCAAAUGCAAAACACGAAGAAACUGGUGCUAGUGAAGAACAAAUAACAGACAUGAGCCAGUUGUAUCAAAUUUAUCCAGAUGAAGUUUUGGGAUCUGGUCAAUUUGGUAUUGUGUACGGUGGGGCUCAUAGAAGAACCACCAGAGCAGUAGCAAUCAAAGUGAUCGAUAAACUGAGGUUUCCAACGAAACAAGAAGCUCAGUUGAAAAACGAAGUGGCGAUUCUUCAGAAUUUGUCGCAUCCUGGGGUUGUGAAUUUGGAGAGAAUGUUCGAAACUCCAGAACGAAUUUUUGUGGUGAUGGAAAAACUCAAAGGUGAUAUGUUAGAGAUGAUUUUGUCUCACGACAAAGGACGGUUGACAGAGAGGGUUACUAAAUUUAUUAUCACUCAAAUACUUGUAGCUUUGAAGCACUUACAUAGUAAGAAUAUCGUGCACUGUGAUUUGAAACCAGAAAAUGUACUUUUAAGUUCGGAUGCUGAAUAUCCUCAAGUUAAACUGUGUGAUUUUGGUUUCGCAAGGAUAAUAGGAGAGAAAUCAUUCCGUAGGUCUGUAGUCGGUACACCUGCUUAUUUAGCGCCAGAAGUGCUUCGUAACAAAGGUUACAACAGAUCUUUAGAUAUGUGGAGUGUCGGCGUCAUUGUUUAUGUCAGUUUAAGUGGCACUUUUCCGUUUAAUGAAGACGAAGACAUUAAUGAACAAAUACAGAACGCUGCUUUUAUGUAUCCUCCCAAUCCAUGGAAGGAAAUUUCAUCAGAUGCUAUUAACCUGAUUAAUAAUUUAUUACAAGUCAAGCAAAGAAAGAGAUAUACCGUGGACAAAUCUUUAGCACACAUCUGGCUACAGGAUUACUCAACAUGGUGUGACCUGCGCACGCUAGAAAACCAAGUAGGCGUACGAUAUUUAACACACGAAUCCGAUGACCAGCGAUGGGAGCAGUACAGAGCUGAGCUAUGACCCGAAAAAGGAUGGUUGCAAGCUGUAAAAAAGUGCCUUCGGAGUAUGCGCACUUGAGACUAUUUUAUACAAAUAAGAAUGCAGAGUAAUCUUCCGUACGAGAUUUCCGAAUUUCUAUUGUUAUAGAUCGUCAGAUAGUGACAGAUUUAGGUGCCCCAUUUUCGCAUACAAGUCUCAAAGAGGGUUGAAAAGUACAUCGAUGUUAAGUAGAAUGAAAGGAAAUUUACGAGGGGUUCUCGGGGAUAACACAUGGAAAAUUCGAUUUUCCUUAACAUUUUCCGACAUUCUGUGGCAAAUGGACACCGUUCGAAGCCAUAUCUCUCACACAACACAUAACAUUUUCCGACCCCAAAAUGCAUUUAUCCAUUCGGGUUAUUCAAGUCAAUAUGUUUUUCGGACUAGUAAUGAUGUACGUUUCCAUACAUUCGAUGGGCUUGUGUGGAAAAAUCCCAUUAUAUCAACUCUUUAGCCACUUGCAACAUUAAAGUCUUUGGUUUUUUGAACCCUAGUUCUAUUAGUUAAUAAUUUAGUGAACACGGCUUGCGUGCAAAUUAGGGCAAGAAAUAAGUUUAAUUUCUGUUAAGUAAAAUCGAAUUUUAUAU